GGGUAGAGACCUACAACCCGCCAAGAUUCGGUGAUGUCUCCGGUCGGCUUCCGCGAUAAGAGCGGGAUCAGGUCCAUGCGCCAGCUCUUUCACCGGUGACUCAUCUUCGACUUCGAAAAACCCUGCGUGUUGUCAACGAUAUUCAAUUGACUCGGCGAUCACAACCGCAAUCAAUCUACCCCCGCCAACCAAACGGUAACUAUUGCAGGACCGUUAUCCCAACGCCGCUGAUCAAGCCCUGCUAGUCCCCACUCAUAGCGCGCGGCCCAUGGCGUCCAACCCGUACACGCUGUACUACGCCCCAGGCACGGCCAGUCUGUGCGUACACUGGAUGCUGAUCGAGGCCAACCUGCCCUUCGACGCGAUCCCCGUCGACUUCACCACGGGGGCCCAGCGCACCGAGGCCUACCGCCGACUGAACCCGACCGGGCGCGUCCCCACGCUGAUCGUGGACGGCGAGGCGCACGGGGAAAGCACGGCCCUGCUGAUGCUGCUGGCGGAGCGUCACCCCGACCGCGGGCUGAUGCCGGCCGUGGAGCAGGCCGCGACGCGCCCGCAGUGGCUGCAGACGAUGGUCUACCUGGCCAACACGGUGCUGCCCGCGAUGCGCGACUGGUUCUAUGCCGACACGGACGGCCCGGCCGACGGGGCGGCCGCGGUGCGUGCCCUGGCGCGCCGACGGAUCGAGGGGGCCUGGGAAUCACUGGACGCGCGCCUGGCCGGACCAGCGGGCCCCCGCGGAUCGCCUUCCUUGCACAAACCUCCAGGUUAUCUCGUCGGGGAGACCCUGACGACGGCGGACUUCCUGGCCGUGAUGCUGAUGCGCUGGGCGCGCGACAUGCCCCGACCGGCGACGAGCUGGCCGCAUCUGGCCUCGUACGUGGAUCGCCUCACGGCCUUGCCUUCCUGGAAGGAGGUCUGUCGUCGCGAGGGUUUGUCCGAUUGGCCCCCGGCCAGGGAUCGGUGA